AUGAAUCUCGACGGCGCCGGCGACAGGCCCCGCCUCACCGACGCGCAGAAGAAGCAGAACCACAUCGAAUCGGAGAAGAAGCGCCGCGAGGCCAUCCGCGCCGGCUUCGAGCGCCUCGCCAAAAUCAUCCCAGAGUGCGCGGGCCAGGCUCGUAGCGAGGCGGUCGUCUUGCAGCGCACCGUCGCCUACUUGCGCGAGUUGCUGCAGAAGAAGGAGGAGCUGCGUCAGCGUGCCUUUGAGCAGGGCUACAGUCAGGCCGACUUUGAGCAGAUCUAUCGCGAUGCGGAGAAGAAGGCCAACGAGGCGGACGAAUGA